AUGGCUGCUCUCACAAUUAUUGUUCUUCUGCUUGGAUUUCUACAAGUCUCUCGAGGAAGCAAUGUUCUGAUUUUUAGUGGCUACGGUGAAGGAAGUCAUUUUAUGUCUGCUGCUCUUGUUGGAAAGGAGCUUAUGCGUCGUGGCCAUAAUGUCACUGCAAUAAUAAGCAAUGCUUACGAGUACAGAGCAAACGAAUCCAGAUACAAGGAUUUCAACUUUGAAAUAUUUAAGCACAAUGUUCCUCCUGAGGAAGUUCGGCUCCGCCGAGAGCGUUCCAAAGAGUCGAUAUUUAAUAGAACCUUAUACAAGGAGGUCAAUUUCGUCAGAUCAUCCAUAAUGAAUCGACUUCUUGAUGAUUGCCAAGCGUUGUUCGAUGACAAGCCACUUCUACGAAGACUCCUGCAAGCAAAGUUCGAUGUUGCUUUCAUUAAUCCUAUUUGGCCGUGCUCGUUGCUUGUUGCUGAGUAUGCCGCCAAGAGACACGUGUCCUUUAUGGCUACCACUUGGAUGAACAACGUUCCUCGCUUGAAUGGAAAUCCUUCAAACACUGCCUUCGUUCCAGAGUGGAGCACUGGUUUCACGAAUAAAAUGACAUUUAUCCAGAGGGUUAUCAACAACUUUGCAGCCAUGCUUUCGGUAUGGAUAACUUCUUCUUCUGAUUCUCACACCGCUAUCCAACAUGCUAACGGGAUAUGCCCUGAUCUUUGGACCUCGCAGCUUUACCAGAGGUCACAACUGCUUCUGCUUAAUGUGGAUUUCGCUCUAGAGUUUCCGGUCCCAGUCAUGCCACAUCUAAUACCGGUUGGUGGCCUGUCUACUGGACCAGCAGAUGAUUUAAGUAAGGUCAGUAUUGUACAGUAA